AUGUUCACACCUAUCAACCCCCUCACCCUCAACAUCGCAACCGCACUACCAUUAAUCAUGCACGCACAAUCUCCCUACCCAACCUUCCAUUUUUCCCCUCCUACAACGCCGACCACUUUCGUCCUUCCUCACAACCGAUUCCCCGACCGUCCACUCCGAAACAGGCGCGCCGAAAACAACGACCCCGAAGCCCUGGACCGCCCACACGGGCCCCCACCGCUCUCGAUUUAUUAUCCCACGGUUACUUCGUCGUUGCAAGCGACCUCUUUGUCGUCGUCUCUGGAGUCAUCUCUGGUGUCGUCACUUUAUCCAUCGCCAGCUCCGCAUACGACGACGGAUCUUUCUACAUUUUCCGCGAGUACGGGAUAUACAUCCCUCUCCACAUCCCCUUCUACAUCCCUCUCUACAUCCCUCUCUCCAUCAUUCUCUACCACCCCUCCUUUCCCCCUCUCCACCUCCCUGCUUACCUCCUCACCACCCACCACAGCCCCACACCCACCCACCCCAACCCUCCCAACCCACCUCCUCACAUACCUCCCACCCAACUGGCCCUAUACGACACCGGGGGUGGGGAGGAAGGCAGGACAGACGGCGACGUAUACGAUUUCCAUUUCCAUCAACAAUUCAGAAAGUCGGAGUGGAAAUGUUGAGGAUGAUGAGAAGGGUGAGGCUGUGGGCCUGGUAGUAGCGUCGUUGCAGUGGUUUCCGCGGCCGCUGGGUCGGCGGAAAGGGCUGGCUACCGGUGUCGGUGUCGGUAUUGGGGAAGUCGGGAGUGACGGGGGGUUAGGAGAGAAGAGCACCGGGAGGACAGGGACGGGAACGGCAACGAGGAAACAGACUGAGAAAUCAACGGAGGGCGUGAAGGGGAAGUCUCGGGAGACGGAGACGGGCACGGAGCCGCAGCCGCAGAGCUCUACUAAUAAGUAA